AUGCUCGCCUUUGCAACACAGCAGGCGACUUUGCUGCAGCAGGCGCUCCCCUUCAUGCUCAACCUCCCCCCUGCCCGAGUGACGGACAAGCUCCGCGGCCUGCUGACGGAGGUCCAGGCCAAGCCGGCUCUGGAGAAGCUCAUGAAGGCCACCGGCAGCUCGGAGCCCAUGGCGCAGCGCGUGUGUAUCGAGUACAUCAACCGCAACGGCAAGGGCAAGGUGGACCCCGCCAAAAUGCUGGCAUUCUAUCACCAACACAAGGACACCGUGGACUUCAGCAGGCCGCUCACCGUGCAGGACUUGUUAAAGCACGUAGACGUGGGGUCGUGUAUUCGCAAGAUCCAGGAGCGAGUACCCGGCAUACCUCACCAGACUGCAGAGCUGGCAGCCACACUCUGCAUGGCGGACGCCGACGCCGCCGUACAGCUGCUCACUGCGUCCUCGUCGGCGGCGCCAUCGGCGCUUGCGGGACCGGUCUUUCUCACCACCACCACAACUACCGCAACCGCCGCGGAGGUCUUCCCUUCCGGACCGGGCGACGCGGCGUCGGGCAAACCAGCUGGCGCCGCGGUGCAGUACGGCACGGCGAGCAUGGGUAAGGGUGCAACCGGCGGCGUGCCCGCAGCCGCGACGGUAGUGCUGACACCGGCGGCAGCGCUGGCGCCGGUGAUGGGCCUAGGGCUAGCUGGUGGCGGCGCCGGCGCCGGCGAGCGUAUGUCCGGUGACGGUGGUGGCUGUUAUUACGGCGGCGCCUUUCCGGGUGCCCCGGACUGCGUCGCUGGUGCUGGUGGGCUGGGCCCCCACCAGGCGCUGGGUGGGCAUCCGGCCCAACAACAGCAGCAGUACCAGCAGCAACAGCAGGCACAGCAACAGCAACAACAACAGCAACAGCAGCAGGUACAACAGCAGCUGCUGUUGCUGCAAGGACAAGUGGGGCCGCCGGGCGGAGGAUCGCAGGCAACAGAUGCAGCGGGUGGGGCGGCGGCAACCCAACAACAACAGUACCAGCAACAACUACAGUACCAACAACAGCAGCAACAGCAGUGCCAACAACAGCAGCAGCAGACGGCGGCACCUCAGCCGGGCCAGGCGCAGUGGGGAGUGGUGGGGGGUGGUGGGAACGGCUGCGUCCCUGCUGACCUGCUUGCCGACCCCAAUGCCGGACUGGACAUCGCGGGAGAGCUGAAGCAGUUCACGGACCGGUUGCUACAGCUGCAACAGCAGCAGCAGAUGCAGCGCGAUGCACUUGGCGGCGGAGGGGCGCCGGGGGGUGGUGGCGGCAAUGGUGGUGGUGCUGGUGGCGGCGGUGGGCCGUCUGGCUCCGCCGCCACCGCCAUCAUGCUGCCCCCCUCCCACAUCGACAUGUUGAGCAACCUGGUGCUGCAGUCCAAUGCCGCCAUCAACCGCUACCUGCUGGAGCGGCAGCAGCUGCAUAAGGAGCUGGCGCUGCUCAAGAAGCACAAGGAGUGGGCUGACAGCCGCAUCAGCGACCUGAUCAAGAAGGCGUGUGAGAGCGACAAGCCCUUCGCGGAGGAGGUCCGGAACCUGAGGGAGGAGGUCAAGAGGCUCAGAGCGGACAAGGAGGCGCUGGAUGCGAGGUGCAUUCAGGUGGAGGGCGUGUUGACGGGUCUCAAGGAGUCGGUGUACGACAAGGAAGGCGCCAAGCGGCAGGCUGAGUCGCGGCUGCAGGAGGCUGAGUCCCGGCUUCACGAGGCUGAGGGCCGGCUGCAGGUGAUGGAGGCGGAGGCGCAGGGGGCGGCGCUCAGAGAGGCGGAGCUGCAGAGGGAGCUACAGGAAGUGCAGACACUGCUGAAGCAGGCUACCAAGCGCACCUCGGCCCUGGAGCGUCAGAAAGCCAAGCUGCAGGAGGAGCGCGGCUCGGAGGCGGCAGCGGUGGCGGAGCGCUCCAGGGAGGUGGAGCGACUCACCGCUGCGCUGAGGGCGGCGGAGAAGCUGGUGCGGGAGAGGACGGAGGCGCUGGAGGCGGAGCGGGAGGGGCGGACCAAGGACCUCAGAGCGGCGGACCUGGCAGCCCAGACUGCAGAGGCGGUGCGCAUCAGCCUGGACGCGGAGCUGGAAAGCACCCGGCGGCAGCUGCUGCAGGCGCAGGCGCGCUGCGGCGAGCUGGAAGCGCAGGUUAUACUGUCACGAAGCGGCAGCUCCGCUAUGGGCGUAGGGCCGGGCGCUGGAGGUGACGGCGACUCCUUAGGCACUGGCCGUGCCAGCUUCAGCGGCAGCUCCAGUAGCGGCGCCGGUCUGCCAGCGGCGCCCUCUCCAGUCCCCCUGGUGCAGCAACUGCAACCACAGCAGCCGCAGUCGCAGUCGCAGCCCCCCAUGCCGAUGUCGGUCCCGGUACAGCCCCCGACUGCGGGGGGACCUCCUGUUGCCGCCGCCGCCUCCUCCGGGAACAAGGCAGUGGGCAGUUCGGUGGGAGGGGUUCCGGGGGCAGGGGGACUAGGCAGCUCGGGCCAGCGAAGCAGCUCAAGUCCGAAUCCUGGCCCCAACAACUCCAACCCGAACUCCGCGCCUGUCAGCAGCCACAGCCACAGCUACGGACACAUCGCAGCGCCUAGCAGCAUGUGGGGUAACGGCCACUACUGUGCACCAGACUUCCUGGGCCUUGCCUCGGCACCGUCGCCAGGCUCAGCUUCCUCAGCCAGCGCCUUGGGGGGUCAGCAGCAGCUGCUACAGCAGCCGCCGUUGCCGCCGCCUCUGCAGCAGCAGCAGCAAUUACCGCAGCAGCAGCAGCAGUUGCAGCUACAGCUGCAAGGCGGCGUUGGGCAGGUGGCGGCCACGUCUGGAGGACAGGGUGUGGGCGGGGGGUUGCCGGGGGCCCCAGCCCCUGGAGUGAGCAUAGGCGGAGUCCCGUUCGGAGGCUCCGCUGCGGCUGGUGGAGGUCUUGGUGUAGGAGGGGCGAUGAGUAUGAGUAUGGGUGUGGCUAUGGGGCCCCGUGGUCUGCAGCUGGGGGCCGUAGGCCGGCCGCCGCCAGGCAUGCAAGGGCCUGGCGGCGCGCCGGGGCUGCAGCCAGGGUCCGCCGCGGCCGCUGUGGCGGCAGCACAGGCGGCAGCGGCGGCUGAGGCCAGCAAGACUGCCGCGGCGGCGGCGGCCGCGGCGGCAGUUGUGGGCGGCGGCCAGGACAACGGCGGCAUGGGCAAUGGCAACCGAAACCGGUUGCUAAGUUUCAACACGGGUGGUAGCGUUGGCAUGCAAGGUGGGCCCCGAGGUGGGCCCGCUGCCGGUGGGGUCCACGGCCAGGGCACUGUAGGAGGAAUGCUGGGGCGGCACAGCGGCCUGGGCCUUGGCCCAGCAGGAGUGGCGACGCAGCACCAGCAGCAUCAACAGCAUCUGCAGGCGCAGGCGCACGGCUUGCAAGUCACUAGCGGUGUUGGUGCCGGUGGCAGCCUUCUGGGCAGUGUGUCCGGGGGGCCCAGCCUGGGUCUGCUGGGACAGCUUGGAGGAGGAGGAGGAGGAGGUGGGGGAGCAGCCGGGGGCCUGCAAGGCGGCAAUGGCGGCGAGAGGCCCGGGGGCAUGUUUGCGGCGGAGGGUUCAGCGGCGAUGGGAAUGGGUUUGGCCGCCGCCGCAGGCGGCGGCGGCGGCGUCACCGCUGCCGCCACCGCUGCCGGCCGUGGCGGCGGUGGGAAUGGCGGUUUGGGGCGAUUGGGUAUGGCGGCGCUGGGCUUGGGGCCCGUUGAUGGUGACGUUGGACCGGACCAAUCGGACUCGACAGCCGUCUCCAUGCAGCAGCAGCAGAUGCAGCACCAACACCAACACCAGCAGCACAUGAUGGCAUUGGCGCAGGCGGAGGCGCAGGUACGGAACCAGAUCAUGGCGGCGGCGGCGGCGGCGCAGCAGGGUCCUGGCGGCGCCGGCAACUCCAAUGCUCAGGGGCUGCUAUCGGGCUUCGGCCGGCUCAAUGGCCUGGGGCCACAUGCAGGUGGCGGGGGAUUGGGAGGAGGCGGAGUACCCGGGCCUGGUGUCCUGGGGCCGUCUGGGCUGGGCGUGGGGCCCGUGGGCAUGGGGCCCUCGGGGCUGGGCGGGCCAGGGCUGUUGGGCGCCGGUGAUGGUGGGGUCGUUCACGGCCCUGGGGGAUCAGGCGGCAAGGCACCUGGCGGGAUGGGGCAGCAUGGGCUGGGACAAGGUGGCAUGGUUGGCGGUGGAGGCGGCGGCGGGGCUUUGGGCACGGAUGCGUUUGGUCGUCCGUUGCAUCACCUGCAGUUGCAUCUGGUUCCGGGCCCGGGUGGCGGCCCGCAGCGGCAGUUGGGGCACAUCACAGGUCCGCCAACCAAUGAGGCUCUCCUGCGGCAGUUGGAGCUGCUUAGGCAGCUGUGA